AGGCGCCAAUCUAUAAGCAUCGACUCUGAUUGUUGUUUGGCUUCUUCUCUUCCCAAAAAAACCAAAAAAAAAACAGAGGCAGUGAAACAGGAGGGUUUGCAAUGGCCGUAUUGGAGUUAUGAAGACCUCGUACUCGUAGUAUUGAAUGACACUUGUGAGAGAGAGAUAAUCCAUGCUAGCCAAAGUUUUCAGUACUUUGAUUGUCGCAAAGAGGAGAAGUUUGUUUCAGCUUUUCCCAGAAAGCUUUGCAAGACGUUGGAAUUUAUGGGAGCUGCGUGCACUAGUUUUUCUUAGCUUUUCCUUACAAACUGCUCUAAUUUUUUUGGGUAACAGGAGAAAAUACAAACAUCAAAUGUGGGUGACAGUAGUUCUCUGGCUUGCCUACCAAAUAGCAGACUGGGCAACAAAUUUCUCAUUAAAUGUCCUCUCGCAUGGCCAAGAUGACUGUAAAACAAACUCUUUAGAUCCGAACUAUAUAACAAUGACAUUUUGGGCACCUCUUUUUCUUGUCCAGCUUUGCAGCCCAGACACCAUCACAGCCUAUUCUCUGGAGGACAACGAACUCUGGUUUAGGCACUUGUUCAGUCUUGUCAGCUCUUUUGCAGUAGCCAUUUACAUCAUAAACAGGUCCUGGACGGGCAGCCUAGUUGAUUAUUUAGCCAUUCCAAUGCUUGUGGCUGGAAUGAUCAAGUUUGCAGAGAGGAAUUGGGUUCAAUAUAUGGCCAGCAGCGAUCAAUUUAGAGACUCCAUGCUGCCUCCUCCUGACCCGGGGCCUAACUAUGCCAAAUUCAUGGAUGCCUAUAGUGCCAAAGAAUCAGAGGGAUUUAAAAUUAAUAGAGGGCCACUGAUUGAAACUCCCACAGAAGAGGAUCCUUUCCAAUCAACUGCUGCAAAAAUCAACAAUAUUCCAGAUGAAGACAUUUUAGAUCAAGCGUAUUCCUCUUUCGAUACUUUCAAGAAGCUCUUUGCUGAUCUCAUACUUAGCUUCCAGGAUUACAAAAAAAGCCGGUCUUUCUUCCACAAACACUCUUGCAAGGUGGCUUUUCAAGUGAUCGAGGUUGAACUUGGAUUCAUUUAUGAUGUUCUCUACACCAAGGCAAUUGUGAUAUAUUCUCGCUCUGGCUUGGCAUUAUUUCUCCGAUUGAUCAGUUUAUCUUUGGUCGCUUGUGUGUUUUGUGCCUUCCUGAUCAUUCGUUGGCAUAAUUUCCGAGAAACCAAUGUGAUAAUUACUUGCGCAUUGCUGGGUGGAGCUAAUAUUCUAGAAUUCUACGAGGUAAUUCUAUUCUUUUCCUCAGAUUGGACAAUGCUUUGGUUGGGUAGGCAUAAAAAUCUGCUGGUAGAUUGGAUCAAUAAAACAAUAUAUUUUCUCCGAUGUUGGCAUCUCGUACCUGCAAACAAGAGAUGGUCUGAUCAUAUGGCUGAAUACAAUCUGUUAUUUUUUUGCCUCAAAGAGAAGUCUGCAACACCAGGUCAAAUCUGGAAGUUCAUUCGUGAAAAAUUAAAGAGAUUUCGGUACAAGAGUAAAGCUGUCCCAGCAGAGUUGAAAGAAUUGAUCUUUAAAUUGCUUACGGAAAAAUCAAUGAGUGCCAAGAACAUUAAGGAAUGUAAGCAGUUAUGUGCUUUUAGAGGUUCUCCGGUACUGGAGAUAAUGGACUGUCUUGAUCAACUUGGCUGGAGCGUCGAGGUGGAAUUCGACCAGAGCAUUCUUAUCUGGCACAUAGCCACCGAUAUCUGCUAUCAUCUAAGCACUAACUCAAGUUCUGAUGAAAAUUCACAGCGCAAAAUAAGCGAACUACGCAAAAUAAGCAAGAUGUUAUCGGAUUAUAUGUUGUAUCUUCUUGUCAUGUGCCCCUUCAUGCUGCCAAAUGGAAUUGGACAGAUCAGAUUUCAAGACACUUGCGCCGAGGCCAUUGAUUUUUUACAAGAAUACAAUUCCAUAACAGAAGUUUAUGAAGCUUGCACCGAGUUACUUCAAGUGAACACUAAAGUUAUGCCAUCUGAAGUGAAAGGAGAUAGAAGCAAAUCGGUGCUAUUUGAUGCAUGUAGGCUGGCCAAAACUCUACAAAAUCUGGAGAUAGAGAGGCAAUGGAAGGUGGUGAGUCAUGUUUGGGUCGAGAUGAUGUCUUAUGCCGCGACUCACUGUCGAUGGCAAUAUCAUGCUAAGCAGCUCACAAAAGGUGGAGAGUUGCUUACUCAUGUCUCGCUUCUGAUGGCCCAUCUUGGUAUAUCUGAACAAUUCCAGAUUUCAGAAGGUCAUGGCAGAGUUAGAAUGCUUGUUAGUUAGUUUAGUUAGGAGAUCAUCUCUUCCUUCGGCAGCCUAUUGGUUUAGAGUUUGUCACCUAAACAACAGGUAAAGUUCAAGUGCUGAGAGAGAGCUUUGUGGUUAAAACUAGGUGUAUUCUAAAGUACCUCCAUUUUAUGGAUGUCAGUGUGUUAUGCUUGUAUGUGAUUGUUUGAACCAUAAAUUAUUUUUGUGGAUUAUAACCUGUCGAUUGUAUCAAUUAUGGCCAGUUUUAAACUUUCUAUUUCUUA